AUGGAAUAUGACCAAAGACAUAUUUGGGGGCAAAAAGGUCCCACAUCAAGAACUGACACAAACUGGUGUCGGGGAGUUUUUGAAGAAAAAAAGAGUCCCAAGUUUUGUGUGAUGGGUUGUUUGGCAAAGAUUCUUAGGGGGUUUGGUUUGAGUGAUAAAAUCUCAGGGAAACACCAUGGAAGAUAUGGAGAUGAAGAAGGAAUAUUGGAGUCUAAUCCAACAACCAUGGAGAUAUUAUCGGACUUUGAUAGUGAAGAAAUUGAUCGAGCAAUUGCACUUUCCCUUUUAGAAGAAGAUGCAAAAAGCACCAUUUCUUUUGCAGAAGAAGAUAGCAAUGAACAUGAUGAUGAUGAUGAUGAUGAUGAUGAUGAUGAUGAUGAUGAUGAUGAUGAUGAUGAGGAGGAGGAGGAGGAGGAUGGUGAUGGUGAUGGUGAUGACCAUGGAUCAAUUUCAUGUGAAGAAGACGAUGAAAAACAAGCGGGUUCUUGUCUAGAAGAAGAUGGAACGGAAUCGGAAUCAGAUUCCGAUUCCGAAGAAGAUAAAGGAAAAAAAGUAAUUGAUGAUGAUGAUGAUGAUGAUGAUGAUGAUGAUGAUGAUGAUGAUUCUCAUAUAGAGGAAGAUGAAGAGCUUGCCAAGGCUCUUGAAGAAAGUUUGAAUGUGGAUAUUUCACCACCACAGAAUGAUUAUGGAAACGUGAUUCCGCCUUUGUCGUACUCCUAUUCCGGUGGAUACAGGAUAUGUGCUGGUUGCAAUGUAGAAAUCGGCAAUGAGAGAUUCUUAAGUUGCAUGGGAGGAGUUUGGCAUCCCGAAUGUUUUUGUUGUCAUGCUUGCAAUCUACCAAUAUCUGAUUAUGAGUUCUCCAUGUCUGAAAACCGGCCAUUUCACCGAUCAUGCUAUAAAGAACACCAUCACCCAAGAUGUGACGUAUGCAAAAACUUUAUUCCAACGAAUGGAAAUGGAUUGAUUGAAUAUAGGGCGCAUCCUUUUUGGGCACAAAAGUAUUGUCCAUCACAUGAGCAUGAUAGGACUCCUCGAUGUUGUAGUUGUGAAAGAAUGGAGACAAGAGACACGAAAUAUUUGUUAUUAGAUGAUGAUUUUUAUGAAGGAUUGAACAUGAAAAUUGAGCAACAAGUUCCAUUGUUGUUGGUUGAAAGACAAGCUCUAAAUGAAGCAAUGGAAGGCGAAAAAAAUGGUCAUCAUCACAUGCCCGAAACUAGAGGACUCUGUCUAUCAGAGGAACAAACUAUCAGCACUAUAACAAAACGACCAAGAGUUGGGGCAGGACGUUUAAUUGACAUGUUUACAGAACCUUAUAAGCUAAUUCGUCGAUGUGAAGUCACAGCCAUUCUCAUCUUAUACAGUCUUCCUAGGUUAUUGACCGGUUCAAUAUUGGCUCACGAAAUGAUGCACGCAUGGCUCCGGCUGAAAGGGUUCUCUAACAUUCCACCUAACGUUGAAGAAGGAAUCUGUCAAGUUUUAGCUCACAUGUGGUUGGAUUCAGAGAUUAUGGCUGGUUCUGGUAGCUCAAAUAUUGCUUCCAGUUCCGCGUCAUCAUCUUCUUCAUCUGCAACUGUUGCCACGUCAUCAAAAAAAGGAAAAAGGUCUGAUUUUGAGAAGCAACUUGGUGAGUUUUUUAAACACCAAAUUGAAACGGACACCUCAGCAGCUUAUGGUGAUGGGUUUAGAGAAGGGAAUAAAUCCGUGCUUAAAUAUGGGCUUAGAAGCACUCUUGAUCAUAUUCGACUUACCGGAAGAUUUCCCUGUUAGUUUAAAGAAAUAUAAAAAAAAAAAAAAAAAAUUUAUUAGAUGGUGGAAUUAUAGAAUUGUUUACAUACAUUUAUAUAUAUGUAUAGGGAAAAAGAAAGAAUAUAAAUGAAGAAGCAUGUAUAUGUUUUUAUUUUUUUUUGUUGUGUUUAUAGUACAAGACUAUUGUACAAACUUUCUAACGCUUUGAGGAUAAGAAUGUGGAGAG